AUGAUUUUGGUGGCCAUGGUAGUGGUUCUUCUUCUGAACAUGCAGUCAUAUGAGGCCUGCAGAGUGUUGCAUGGGGAAGAAAAUUUGAUGGUGACGAGGAUGAAGAAAGAUGUUUUGCAAAUUAGGGGUGUUAAUCCUCCCUCCUUCUUCCCUUUGAUCAAGCAGAUACUUAGAGGUCCUGUCCCGCCCAGCGGUCCGAAUCCGACGAAACCUUGA